AUGAAGAUCGAGUGGGCGUCGCACUUCCGGAGCGAUGGGAGCCGACGCAAGCCCCCACCAAGCACGAUGCACGGCUGGCUCGCCAAGAUGCGCGGUACUUUACUCGGCAACGAAGAGCUGCGGUCCAAGGGCAUGAAGGAAAUGCAGGAUGCACGCUACCACAAGAAGGUCAAGUCGCAGCGAUCGCAGCGCCGACCAGCGCCUCCCGCCCGCCGCGACACUGGCUCGUCAGCACUUUUUGGCACUCUCAAUCCUAAACCGCGACCGGUUGGAAGAGGCACCCCAAUACGUUCCUCAUCUGGCCAACACGCUAUGGCACCACGCAGACCAUCUCAACAGUCAACUCCCCGCCGUGACCCCUCUGGCCCCGGCACCCGCCGUCCAAGCUCUGUUCCCACACCCCAACGACGAGCUACCCCUCAACGAAGACACACGGGUCGUUAA